AUGGUCCCCUCACCAGAACCUGGAACGCUAUCUCACUACAGCUACGAUCCAUCAUUCUCAGCCGCCAUCGUAGUCGGCACAUUUUAUUCCCUAGCACCCUUCGUUACUUUUUUCCAAUGGCUCAGAUACUAUGCCGGGGUUUGGGCUAUCAUGGUUGUUGCUGUUGCCAUGGCAGGAGCAGGUUAUAUCAUCAGAGCAAUCUUCUCGAAACAUGGUACCGAAAAAUCGAUUUAUGUGGCACAAACUGCACUUAUCGUACUAUCCCCUGUUCUCAUGGCCGCUACGUGCUAUAUCAUUUUUGAGAGUCGGGAUUAUUUCCAAGCCGAGCUGACUCAAAAGCUUGCAAUGUCGCUAAAGCUUCUCUGGAUUCUCCCUCGCUUCAUAACUCCUAUUUCUGUAAUCCGCAAUAUCCUUGCGCUCCUCCUUCAACUAAUCUGUGUCUUGCGCAUCACAUCUAUCGAUAUAACCUCCGCCGACGCGCAAUCUAAGCUGAGUAAAGGGGAAAACAUUGCUCUGGUUGGAGUCGCAAUCCAGAUGGCAUGUUUUGGACUCUUUUCCAUCAUCUUUAUUCGAUUCAAUUGCACAUCUCGACGCUUUACUUCGGAGUUUCAGCAGCGCAUUACUCUUCUCAACGAUAGCGAGAGCAAGAAUGAGAAAUAUGUGAUGAUCGAUGGAGCAGAGAAAAAGUCCAAGCCAAAUUUGCAGGCGUUAUUACAUGUGGUCAAUAUUACUUGCGCAUUGAUUUUGAUCAGGAGUGUUUUUUGCAUAGUGGAUUUUGCGCUAGGGAGAACGGGGUGGAUGCCGAAUGGAGGGGGUAGAGAUUGGCCAACGGAUGAGAAAACAGUCUAUACAUGUUUUACGACGGUUCCACUGGAACUUUCACACAAUUGGGUCGAUCUAACGCAAACUAUGUCUGUUGAAUCUUUAAUGCAAAGCAGAACGUUGGAAGCAGUUUCUUCAGUGGGACUGGCUGGACUAUCAAAUGCCACCAAGAAUUCCAUUUUCAUGGCGAUUGCGAGAAAGAAGCAUUCUGAUACUGUAAAUUUUGUGAUUCAGGAACUUGAAGAUAUUAUGAAUGCAAGUGUCGUGGGAGUUUUGCAGAAAGUUGUGGUGUUGAUUAUCUUUGAGUUGAUAAACGCUGCACCCGGUGGAUCACAUUCACUUUCUGUGCAUUUCAACGGUGCCUUAAGUUUAUUGAAAACACUAGCUUUGAGAAAUCACGAGGAUAAAAAACCGACCACGAAACUCCAGUUGUAA